GUGGUCUGAACUCUUGAGUGAUAGUCAGUUCACAAGCAUUAACAGAAGCUUUCUACUUCAAUUUUGCAGGUUCUAUUCCUUCACAAAUUCAGUGGCUUUAUGGUGUUGGAUUCUGCUAUUAUUAUUUCUGUCUCCUACUUCACGGCUGCUGCAAGCAUGAUCUAUCUCCAACACUUAACUCUAGGCUUUCAGGAGCCAUUGGUUGAUCUGAAAUAUCUAGGAGUUCUGUUGUUUCUGCUUGGAAUUUGUGGCAACUUUUAUCAUCACUAUCUUCUUUCCAAGCUCAGGGAGAAGAAUGAAAAGGGGUACAAAAUUCCGAGAGGUGGUCUUUUCAGCAUGGUCAUAUGCCCUCACUAUCUUUUUGAAACUAUUAUUUUUCUAGGAAUUUCCUUAAUCUCCCAAACACCAUUUUCAUAUUCAACUGCUCUUGGCGUGGCUUUAUAUUUAGCUGCAAGGAGUUAUGCCACCAGAAAAUGGUAUCUUUCCAAGUUUGAAAAUUUUCCGAAGAAUGUCAAGGCUUUGGUUCCAUAUGUUUUCUAGAUUUGGAGCGGAGGUUGGAUGGAUUGAAGCAUGUAAAUCAAAUUUCAAAAUAAACCUUGAUGAAAGGUAGCAAACUCUACCACUUUUUUGGAGGAAUUUUAGGAGUGAUGUUGUGAAGUAUAUGCAUUAUUGUCAUACUUCAUUGUUUCUAUUAAGUAAAAUUACUUGACUCUCACCAUAGUAAUUUUUAGCAGGCUUUUGACUAGAUAUAUGUUUGAGUUCUGUAAUGAUCUGAGCCAUUAAUAGUUCUGUGUUUAACUUGUUUAAAUAUUGCUCAUUUAUUUAGAACAUCAGCUUAAACAAGAA